UUUUAGUAUAAAUCUUUGAUUAGUUUAUGUUAUUUCUAGUUGUAUUUAUGUGUUAAAUACUCAUUUUGAGUGUUAAUUGUUCCUAAUUUUAUCUUCCACCACUUCUAGCUGAAUCACUUUAAUUAUUUUAUAAUUUGUUUUAUGUGUUUUGUAAAUGUUUAAAAUUGUUUUUAAAUGAGGGCAAUUAAAUAAAAUAUUCCCUCGAUGUAAUUUUAUAAAAAUUUUAGUAUGAUGUUGUUUUAAAUGAUGCUACACACUAAUAGCUUAAAUUGUUGUUAUCCUUAUUUUAUCCUUAUAAAUUCAAAAUUUUAAUGAAAUUUGUUGUAAAAGUAACCCUAGCGUUUUUCUGUUUGGUCAAAUAUGGGUCAGGAGAUGGAAGAUGAAUUAGAUGAUUCAAUUUUCUCAGAAAUACUACCAAUUUUAAGCUGCUUGGAUCCAAACCAACCAUUCAAGAGGUGUUCUCAACCAGAGUACAAUAAUUUUGGGUAUAAAAAGGUUAAAGUACAGGAAGAUACAGUCUUUACACCAGUUUCUAAACUUUCAAGUUCUUCUGCCGGUGAUUCUUCUCCAAAUAUCUCAGGCCAAUUACUAGGCCCAGCAGGAUCAAUAGGACAAUAUUACUACAUCGAGGAACAAUUUGAAGAUUCCGCUACUGAAAAGGAAAAUUUAGAGGCAUACAAAGCAGAAUGUUGGAUUAAUGGAAUUAGCUUAAUAUCCCCUGAAGAUGUUGAUGUGAGUAUGUAUAUUGAUUAUGAUUAUUGUGAGCAAUUUGGAGAUUUUCUAUCCAGAAAGUACAAUAUAGAUAAAUUAAUUAAAACACAAACUAAAAGAGCAUUCAAGACGGAUUGUCUUGUUGUAAUGAUUGAUUCAUUUGUCAUUUUGGAGCCUAACAUUCUAAUCAUACUCACUGACCAAUGUGAUAAAAUCACAGGAAUUCUGUAUAGAGAAGAUAUAGAUUCUUAUGUAAAUGAAAUGAUGCCAGGAUGUGUAAUGAUACUAGUAGGAGUAACUGUAUAUACACCAAUCGGUUGUGAAGCUCAUGUUAUUAUUUCUAAAGAAAAUAUUAAAAAGAUUAUCAAGAGUGUUCCAAUGCCCUUGAUACAUUUGUACUCAAAAUCUUAAGCGUAAUAAAUUUUAAUGCAAAUAUAGCUUCUUUACAAUGGUAAAUAAAAUAUAAUACCUCCAUG